AUGUAUAGAUACAAUACACCCAACACUCCUGAGAGGUCGAAGGGUGGAAAUACCCGGAGUCGAGACUCCCCUGGUGUGCAAGGAGAUGUGAUAUUACCGAAGCUACCACCGCUCAAUACACGCAGCUCGUUUCUUGAGUCUGACAUGAUGCAGAGUGAUGUGUCCAUUGGAUGGACUCCCUUGACAGAGAACACGAUAUCGACUAGUGGACAAUUUGCAGAUGAACAUAUUGGUUAUGGGAAUUCUCCACAGUUGAGAAGUCCGAAAUCACCCGCUAAUCGUCGUAAUAGCUUGAUUUAUGAAAAUUUCAAUGGCGAUUCUCCCAUGUCAGUUAAAUCGGUGGGAAAUGGUAAGUCACGUAGGCGACCACCUCCGCCAUCUUUACAGCAUUCAAUUUCACAAUUAGACUCGUAUCAGAGCUCCCCGGGUUCUCCCGCAACUCCUUUUAUCACAAAGAGAAGAACUAAUGAUUUUAUUACACCUACUAAAACAAAGCCAUAUAAAUCACCUUUUGUUGGGGAACAAGAUAUUGAAGACUCAAUGUUACAGCAGUCUACUCAUUUUGCCGGUAAGGUGUAUAAAUCGCCUUUCGUUGGUGAUCUGGAUUCUGACAUUAUAAUUUCUCCAUCAAACGCAAAUGAAACUACAAAGACAAGAAAGGAAUCUAGUAGAGUACAAUCAAAAACAAUUAGUAAUACAGAAUUGAACUUCUACUCUAAGCCUCAAAUUCCAUUGACAUCUUCUAGAAAUAUAACUGGAAUUAGCAGGUUUUCAGAUCAAGUUGAGAGCUUUUAUUCGGAUUCAAAUUAUACUUUUAACAAUUCUAGUGCUAGAAAUAGUAGCUUCAACUCUUUCUUGGGAGCAAAACCUUUACAAUAUGCCCCAAGUGUGACUGCUCCCACACAAGCUUUUUCGAUUGAUCUAAUAGAUGAGCAUAAACUAUACCAAUGUUAUAGUAUAUACAGACUUUCAGAUAUUUACGAGUGGCUUUUGAAAGUAUACUUUGAAUGGUUUAAUGAAUAUAUUUUUGAGAAGCUGGAUCUUUUCCAAAUUGUACAGUUGUUGUUAGAAUUUCAAUCUCCAAAGACGUAUGAACAAGAAGUUAUUGACUCAAAUGUUGAUAGAAUAAUGUCCUCUCUUAUUAAUCAAGGAGCAAUAAAGUUUGAGGUAGACAAUGAACAAGAAAUAGCCGUAAUUGUAGCUGGUCUCACAAUUUCUAGUAUAUUUACUGAUCUUUUACCAUGUUAUUCAUUUAUUGAUUCAACAUUCAAUGAGUUUGAUCAUUCCACUAUUUGUUACUCUACCACCUGUUGUAAUAGAUUAUCCAAUGAAUCAAGACAAGAAAUAAAGGUUUCAGAAAUAAUCAAUAAGUCUGUGGGGUUAUGGACGGACUAUUGGCAACUAUCCGCUGAAGAACUGUCAGAAAUAAAUCCAAAAGAGAUUCAAAGACAAAGUUUUAUAUUUGAUCUAAUUAUCUUGGAAGAGAGAUCUUUGAGUAUGGCCAAUGCUGCUGUCGAAAUAUAUGGAAAGCGCUUUGACCCAGAUCUCCUGCCAGAUGAAACUAAUUUUGCAUCUCUUGCUUUUGAUAUAUUUUUGCCAAUUAUCGAAAUUCAUAAGGAAUUUAUUCUAAAGCCACUAUUUUGGAAAAUUAAAACUCGGGGUAAAUUUAUUGAUGGGAUUGGAAAAAUAUAUUUGAAAUGGUGUCAUGAGGUUCGAGAUGCUUAUUUAAAUUACGCAAAUGCAAUGGCUACUGUACAUGAGGUAAUAUCAUGGGAAAAGACACAUCAUACAAAAUUUGCAGAAUGGCUCUUAGAGACCGAUAAUCUGCCUGAAAUAACAAGAUCGAAAAUGUACCAUGAUGUUAUCUUCUUUGGGGGCUAUUUUAAAUCCCUUCAAAAUAUGCCAGUAACUCUCAGCUCAAUAUUAAAAAAUACCAGCCCAUCAAGCGAAGAUUAUGGAGCAUUGCAAUUGGUUAUCAAAGAAGUAACACAACUAAGUGCAGAUGUAGAUAAAGUCCAUGGUAUGGCAAUUGAUAGGAGAAAACUGAUUCGUUUUUCCAAACAACUUGUUUAUAGUAGCGGCAACAAAGGUAGCACCACGGGUUAUAUAAAUAUUGGAAACCCUGAGAAGAUGGUUAAAGGGGAUAAAUUAUCAUUAGGUUUAGCUGAUCCAAAAAGAGUAAUGAUUAACUGUGAUACAGUACUAAAAAAAAGUGAUCACUGGUUAGAACCUUAUCCUGUAUUCCUGGCCCUACUAGAUAAUUUUUUAUUAAUUACAGAGUUAGUUUCAAAAGGCUUGGAGAAGAAAUACAAAUUGAUUGACAGACCAAUUCCUAUAGAGUAUCUAAAUCUGGAAAUAAAAAGGGCACCAGAAGAAUUUAAUAAGGAUUUACCAUUAGGAGAUUCGAGACCAACAUCACAAAUAGUCUCGGAUUUGGACAACAAAAGUAGUUUAAACAGCCGCAGCUCGGUAGUUGGUGAUUUGAAUUACGGGCACACAGGAAUUUCAAAUAAUCUACCAAGUUCAACUGAGUUUGCAUUCAAAGUGCGUAAUACAGCCACUAAUGAUUCUUACACAUUUUAUGUUCCUAAUAGCAUCGAAUGGAAUAAUUGGAUGAAUGCCUUCAAGUGCUGUUUCAAGAAUAGGAAUAAUGAUGAUAAUAGACAUCCGAUAAACUUGAGCAUCAUAACAGCAGAAUUUUCAUAUCAGGAUAGAAAUGCUCCAGUCAACUUACCUGUGGCUCCAGAAGGUUCAGAAAUUGAUAGUGCAUUAAAGACUUACAAGCGUUAUCUUAAAGACGAAUUUGAGAAUAUAGCAACGACGGUUUUUUGUUCUACAGAAUUUGAUAAUGAAGAUACUAAAUUUAAUCUCAUUGCAACCAAUAGUGGUGUAUUUUUGAGAAGGAAAAACGAUUAUACUACCAAAUUUGUGAAAGUAUUACAAAAUAUAUCUGUUAGCAGACUUCAGGCUGUACCUAAAUUAGGUUUACUGUUUGUUCUUGAUGGUCAAAAAUUGUGUUAUUUCAGCAUUAGCAGUAUCCUAGCAGUCUACUAUAAUCCUGAACGUUUCCUCAAUGCCAAUUUUGUUGUUGGAAUAGUCCUCAAAGACAAGGUUUCAUUUUUCAAGUUUGCAGAUGAUUUUGGGAACUCUAAGCAAUUAUUUUAUGAACGGAAGGGUAAAAUUGUUGUUUCGACACCUGAGUUUCAUUCAAUCAUGAAUAAUUUCAAUUGUUUCAAGAUUUACAAGAAAUAUUAUCUACCAUCUUCAAGUAAGAUGCUUGCAUCACAUAGCAUAAGUGAUAUCGUGAUAUUCAAGAAGAGCUUUAUGGUGUUCACAAAGAAGAAUGUCUUUUUAUUCAAUGAUGCCUUUAAUGAAUUAGGAGCUUCAUUACCAGGAUUUUAUAAUGAUAAAGAGAUGAUAGCAUAUAUCAAACAUCCACAUCUAAAUUCAGGUAGGUUUUCAUCAUCCUCUAGUAAAUUAGACGCAAACCUAAGUAUGGUCACAGAUGUAAAGAAGGACAUCGCUUCAGGUAAAACUAAACCAAUAACUGCUUUCCGACUACAAAGUGGUGAUGGAUUUCUCAUGGUAUAUGAUGAAGCAAUUGUUAAGAUCAAUAGCUCUGGUAUGAUCCCCAACUGGAAGAACGAUAUAUUGAUCCUCGAUUUUUACUGUACAGGUGCUUCAUAUCAUAAUGGUUAUCUGUUCUUAAUUGGUGAGAAUUUAAUAUUAGUUUAUCAAUUGUCAUAUGAAGGUACUCCAAUUUCAGAGCUGACUCCGGUUCAAAUAAUUAAUAGUAAAAAGAUAGAACUAUUAAACUCGGGUGGAAUGGAUUACCCAACUGUCACAUCGAGUCAUCCAAAGAUUCCAAACAGACAACUCCUAUUUAGCUGCAUACCUGCAAAUUAUCAGGUAAAAUAG